AUGACGAGUUGCAUUUUUAAGAACAGAAAAAAAAAUGAAGUGGAAAGAUUGAGGAGACACUUUAAAUCAACAUGUCACCAUUUAACCCAAUCAUAUGGAGUAGUAACACACAAAAACAAGAAAAGGAAGAGAGAAAUUUACCUGUAUGGGAAUUUCCCAAACUACUUUUACGAAAGAUAUAAGAAAAGAAAAAAAAAAUGUGAAGAAAUUAUGGAGGAUGGAAUAAUGAAAUGGCACAAAGAAGAGGAUGAGUUAUUUAAAAAGAAGGAACGAAUUUGUAAGGUGAUAGAUGUUAUUGAAACCGAUGAAAAACUAUGUAUUGAUGAUUAUAGAUUAACUCAUGUUAAUAGUUUGAUGGAUGGUAUAUUUCACGGAAAGGAUAUUUUAGACAUUGGUUGCAAUUGUGGCAUAACAACUUUUUUGUUAAGUCUUAAAUAUAAGUGUCGAAUUGUUAAUGCCAUUGAUAUUGAUAAUAGUCUAAUCAAUAACAACAUUACUUUGUUGAAAAUUUUUAUCGAAUUUGUUUUAAUAUACAAUAACCAGAGUCAUAUGAUACCCUUUUUUCUACGCUGCAGGAAUUUGACCCAACUGCAGAAGGACAUAUUACUGGAGGUGCACCUUCUGCAUGAACGUGCGAAGAAGUUGGAAGAGGGAAAUCUGAAGAAGUUGGAAGAGGGAAAUCUGAAGAAGUUGGAAGAGGGAAAUCUGAAGAAGUUGGAAGUGGGAAAUCUGAAGAAGUUGGAAGUGGGAAAUCUGAAGAAGUUGGAAGAGGGAAAUCUGAAGAAGUUGGAAGAGGGAAAUCUGAAGAAGUUGGAAGAGGGAAAUCUGAAGAAGUUGGAAGUGGGAAAUCUGAAGAAGUUGGAAGUGGGGAAUGAGAAAAAUAUGCCCGUCCAGUGCAUGCCCUUGGAGAGCAAAAGGAGAGAUAGAGAGAAUGCUUUGUGUGAAUACAAUUUUCCCUUUAACAUAUACUUCUCGUGCUUGAAUAUUUUUGAUGAAAUUUUUGAAAAUGUGCAAAAGAAGUACGACGUAAUUAUUUGCUUUUCCGUUUUGAAAUGGAUACACUUAAUUUAUGGUGAUAAUCAGGUAAUUUUAUUUUUUGAUCGGAUGCACAAUCUUCUAAAAGAAGGGGGAUAUCUUGUUUUAGAAUAUCAUAAUGAGAGAAAAUAUAAAAUCAAGAAGUGUGACAGAGAAUAUUACAAACACGAGACAAAAUUAAAUUAUAAGCAUUUUGAUGCUAUUGCAAGGGGUGAGUAUGAAAACAAUUGUAAAAUGGUCCUUGUUCAGAGAACUAUUUUUGAUGCCAAUUUGGCAGAAGGUCAAAAAAAAUGCAAAAAAGAACCAGGGAUGUUCAGCAGAACAGUUUGUGUUUACCAGAAGGUGUAG